CCAGGACUGAUGUUUUAUGAUGUUUUAUGAUGUCUAUUUUGAUUAUUGGUGACUACCAACUCAUGUUUAUUCAGGUGCUCGAUAUCCUGCCUGGCAAUUAACUUUUGGAGGUGUAAAACUUUCCAUGGCAAAGGGGCGGUAAUUCUGCGGCAAGCUCAGGUACAUGUACAUGUACAACUCUAUUAACCCAUAAAUAUUCCCCUUGCAAAAGGGUCGACAGCCUUUAUGAGAGUACAAGAGCUUUCAAGAAAGCUUUUUUGUCAAAGAUUAUCCAGCGAGCCUCCUCCCCAAGGUCCUUCUUCCCUUCCACGCAUUCGUUUACCGCCAGCUGAACCAAUUCCUUGAAUUCGGACUGGAGGGUUUUCUGCCAGUUAUAGCCCAGAUAGAUACCCUGUUUAUGGUCACAGAGAUAAACAUUCCUUUCCCGGUCAAGACAUGAUAUGAUGGUGGUUGGCUAGAGUGCGACGACCACGAUGUGGCGAGAUUUGAGUUUUGUUGUCUCCGUAUAAGCUGUUGAAGGCCUCGCUGGGAUGGGGUAAAUGUAUACAGUAUAUCCCUCAAUUAGGGUGCCUGGGCAGCAGCAUUACCCUUCCAUAUAAAUGUUACCGUCGCAAUAUCGCUAGUGAGCGAGUGUGGGUGGGAGAGGAGUGUGUAUGGCCAUGCAUUGAAUUUAACUAGCCAUUUCAUCCAAACAAAGGUUUAUUAUUGGUAGUUACAUAACUACAGACUUGACUUGGUGAUUGGAAAAUGAUUCCUUUAGUGAACGGCCAGGGCGUUGAUGGAGAGCUUAGUCAUGAAACGUUCACACCGUCGGCUCCAACGUCACAGUGAACUUCAAUCCUUUUCAUGAUUCGUUUCUACUAAUGGUUCCUUUGGAUAAUAAGGAAGUUCCAAGGUUAACUAUUUAUCUCUGCAAACGAGAAAAGGGAAAAGAUAAGAAAAAGAAUACUUCUGCUCUUGGUUCCCCUUGGUGGCGCAAUAUAGUUAUCCAAGCUAGCGGAGUGUAUCCGUAACCCCUCAGAAAAUGCCAGCCCCCAUCAGCCGAUUCUUACAGCCGUAUGGUCAUCCCUCUGAUAGACCAAGCGCCAAAAGCCAAAAUGAUGAUAUCAAAUACCCAGGAACUAACAGCUGACGCCCGAAACCCGGCAUUCCUGCCGGCUUCAAGUUUUUUUUAACUGUCUAAACUUGUCUCAGAGGGCCAAUAAUCUUGCUUCUCCUCUGCUCUCACUCGGAAAGCCUCAGCGUGAGUCUCCGUCACUUUACAGUAUGGACGACUUUUGGCAGCUUCUAGGUUAUGGAGUAUAGAUGGUAAGUGGCUGGAGAGCAUGGUUAAUCACAAGGCAUUACCUAGGGAACUUGUUGGGGUGUAGGAGACACGCCUCAAAUACCGCUGCUGCGCUUGAUGGGCAGGUCUUAAUUUUCAUUCUUUGUUUCUUUUUUUUUUGUUUCUCCCAAUUUGUCGUUUGUUUAUACAUGCAAUCUGCUGCAAGUCUCAUAUCCCAGAUCAAGACCAAAGUCUGUGGCUGGAAAAAAGCCUCGAUAAUAUGGAUCAUGGAACACGAUAUAGCGGCAGCAAGCGAAAGCGAGUAUCGAAGGCCUGCGAUAGAUGUCGAGGCAAGAAGUAUCGUUGUGACGGACAACGCCCAGCAUGCGUGGCAUGUCGAGAAUCCGGCCAUGAUUGUUCCUACGACCCGACCGCAAAGAAACGAGGGCUGCCAGAGGGUUACGUCCGCGGCUUGGAGAAGCUUUGGGCUUUGUCAAUCUCCAAUAUCGCGGGCCUCGAGGAGGGGAUACUUGAGAUGCUGGGAUCUAAAGAAGCCGAAUCCUCUCGGAGACAAUGGCUUGUAUCCUUGUGGAACAAUGAAAGAGCGUCAGAAAGGCUACAUGACAUAUGGAAAUCGAGCGAGCUAUACGCGAGUGUUGAAGAGUUGUUGUUGAAUCCAGGGUUAACUAUUACUGGAACGCCGCGUAUGGAAGAAGAUAGGGGAGGUAUUGAGCCUGAACAUUCAUUAUCUGACAUCGCGUCUGAUUCUCAACUUGAUGACUGUUCAGACCAUCAUGUUGGAGAAAUUUUGCCAUGGGCAUUGACUCAGAUUCAACAUAAGCCACCCCGAUCUCCUGACACAGACGCCCGAAGAGUCAAGUUUCGUAUUUCGAGUCCAACUGCAGAAAGAAACUCUCGCAUGAAACUCCCCAUUCAAACGUCACACCUCCUCGAUAUGUACUUUGCACAUACGCACAGCUGGUUCCCCAUUCUAGCAAAACAUGAAAUUCUCAAGGCAUCCUACCAAUACUUAGAUCCAACUUUCGAAACGGCAAGCAACCUUGCGGGAUCGGGGAAUCAUGCUGCUCUCUGGGCGAUUCUGAGCUAUACUGCAGCCCAGAUCCCACCAGAUACUGAAGAAAAUUCAACUGCUGGAACAAGGUUCAGAAACCCCGGCGAAGAAGCGAAAGGGUUCUAUGCGGUUGCGCGAAGCUUGAUACCGGAUGAGAGGGGCAAAUUUGAAAUUGAACAUGUUCAGGCUACCCUGCUCUUAACGCUCGUAAACAUUGGAUUCGGGGAUUGGACAGCCGCAUGGGUUCUUUGUGGACAAGCUGCAAGCGUAGCUAUCGAUUUGGGCCUGGGAGCUGCAUCAAGAAGCAAACAAUCACCUGGAAAAUCGAAGGAAGAAGAGACAUUUCUUGGGUGUUUCCUCCUCGACACCUUAUUAUCUGCUCGGCUCGCUAGGUGCCCACGCAUGCGUUCCGAUACCAUACGCAAUGUCAACUUAUUGGAAGAGGAUGGGCUCGAAGAAUGGGGCCCGUGGGUAGACGUUUUCCUUCUCCGCAAGCUUCACGGAGGGGAAAAUUCUUGCCCUCGUGGGCCUCUCCGCUCUUGCAGUACUUUCAACCGCCUGUUAGAGCUUUCGAAACUCCUCCAUUUGCUCUGGGAUAAUCUUCCCCUGGCACCAGAUGUCACUGCUAUGGCACAUGAGUAUUUCCUGAGGAAUCUUAAACACUGGGAAAUGAAGCUUCCGCCAGGGUGUCGGUUGUCUGAUGUUAGCAAGAAGAUGUUAUUGGGCGAAAACCCGUCUUUUCUACCACACCAGACGUUUCUGCUUUGGACCCAGAUGGCAGCGCUGAUUCUGCUUUCCACCCGUCUGUCACCCCAUAUACAGCAGUUGUCUUAUUCACUUCGCCAGGUCAUGGAUAUCACGCUCUCUCUCUUGACUUCCCAGUCACAAAAUUUUACUCAAACCUGCCUCCCUCCUCCUUUCGAAUUCUCUCUAAGAAUAAUCGUUGAUGCUGCACGCUCACAGGCCUCAUCACGGUAUCACGAUACUUCCUGGCUCGAGUCGGUCGCCAGUCAAAUAUCCCGAGCAGGAGGAAUCUGGCCGGUUUAUUCCUCGCUAGUUGAGGAUACGAGGCAGUUGUCAUCGGCUGUAGCACCCUCUUUGCCAAUACUGCAUCUAGCCUCCUCGAGAAGCAAUCUAGCUCCACCCCAUCCACAUUGCUCACCUCCUCCUCCUCCUCUUCCUAGUGAGAGCGUGUAUGACAUUCUCGAAGUGUUAGAAUCUUUUUUGCAGGAAGACGCAGACGCCCAACAACCAAACGAAGAGGACCUGACUUUCUUCUCGCUCCUUUCCAGAGCACCCAUGGAUCAGUUUAGCGCCUCUGAUUGUAGAAGUAGGAGUGAAGCUUCCAUCAUCUCUUCUUCGCAGGCCUUUGACAAUGUCUGGGCAGGCCUGCAAUCCCCAACCCCUGCAACACGGGAGAUCCCAUGGAUGACACCAAACCUGUCAAAAACAAGAGAAGGAGAAAACUCGCCGCCCCCUCCACGGUCAGAUAUAUCUAAUAUGUGCAAAGCCAACCAAAAAGAGACCUACCACCACCUCCAGCCCUUAAACGAUGGAUACACGCUUGGACCACAAAAGGCCACACCACAAUUCCCCAAUCACAAAUCACCCUCUCCUGCUUCCCCUUCCCCUCCAGCUUCUAAUGAUAUAGAAUCCAUCUUCCAUGACCGCCCAAACCCAAACAAUAGUGAUAUCUCCACCUCUAAACCCCAGAAAGCUUUCUUAACCCGCACCCUCAACUACGAGAGUUCUCAUGCACGGCUCAUCAUAGACAUAUACGAUGACAAAUCAUCCCACGACGCCCUCCUCAACAACCAUGACAAUGGCAGUUCCACAGGGAACAGUGCUGAAGAGCUCCCGGGACAGAACCAGGAGGACGGAAUGGAGGAGGAGGGCAAGGGGAAGCAAACGAUCCUCAACAAGAUCAUGUGUCCACCGUCGAUUGCGGAUAUUUGGCCGCCGCCAGGGUUCUUUCCGGAUGCGUUUGGGGAGGAAGGUGAGAGGGGCGUUGAGGAAGCUAGGGAAAAGAUAGAUAUUGGUGGAUAAGAGGUGGUGAAUCUGUCCGUGGCAUAUGUGCAAUGUGUGUGAGGGGUAGACAGAUGGUUUGAUUGAAUGGAGUUUUGUUAGCAUGGUGUUGGAUGUGAUCUGAUAUGUACGUAAACGGCACAUGGAUGACAACCCAGAGCGGGAAUCAAAGAGACUUUCAGGGAGGGAAUGAAUAGAGCGAGCAAUAUUAUCAAAUAUUUGAAAGAUAGAUUUACCAACUAAUUUUAUUUUGUCCACCCCACUGACGCUUUCUUUGUGGGUUUUCUUCCUGCUUUCUUUUGCAGAAGUAGGAGUUCUCUAAAAGUAAAGUCCAUCAGGCCAGUAGCCCAAGUUGCGGAAGUAGGCGAAUACGACACAAACAAUAAUUAUUCCACUUUAUUUAUCAAAAGCCAACAAAACCAUGUUCAUCC